AGCUAAAUGGUAUUGAACUAUGUAUUGUGGUACAAAUAAGAGAUGAGUGGAACUAAUAAUGAGGAGAACGAUUUCCACAAGAUCCUCACUUCAACUCCUCCUCCCUCCACCAGCUCUGGUAUCGGAGGUGUAAACAGAACUACCUCGUGGUUUAAGAAGGAUGACAACCAGCUAGUAACGUGUAUCAGUUGUAAGGGAUCCGGCUACAAGGAAACUACUAAUGAACUGGUGGCGCUGAUACCGUACUCAGACGAGAGGUUGCAGCCCCGACACACCACGUUAAAAGUAACUAUAGCUCUGGUUAUAACGGCUAUCAUUAUUGGGUGUCUCUUCUUCGUCUUCUUCCCUCGGCACGCUGGAGCUACUUCUGCAGGGCUGGAGAUAGCGAGCGGGGACGUAUACAGUGACACAACUAAACCAACUAUCCUGACACUAUUAGAUAACGUUACAGUAACUAAUGAUAACUACUUUCCUAUUGUUAUAGAUACUCUCAAUAUCAGUCUUGCUAUAUCCUGGGUCGGAGGAGUUCAGUUCGAGGUGGGAAGUAUAGGGCGCUCCAAGAUAGAGAUCCCAGCUCACAUUGACCAGCUCACCAUCCCCUUCAGUAUCCAGACCUACGACUACCCAAUAGACCGGCUCUUCAGAACCUGUUGCUAUGUGUUCGCUGGGCACUACAUCUGGUACAGAGUCACUAUUAACGCACGUUACAAACUUGCUUUUGUGGGGAAUUAUUACUUCUCUAGCUCUGAUGUGCAGACUAUUCCUGUGUAUUGUGAUUACAGUCAGAACAAGAACAUCACGUGUCAUUACAACUGAUCACGUGUCAUUGCAACUGAUCACGUGUCAUUGCAACUGAUCACGUGUCAUUACAACUGAUCACGUGUCAUUACAACUGAUCACGUGUCAUUACAACUGAUCACGUGUCAUUACAACUGAUCACGUGUCAUUACAACUGAUCACGUGUCAUUGCAACUGAUCACGUGUCAUUACAACUGAUCACGUGUCAUUACAACUGAUCACGUGUCAUUACAACUGAUCACGUGUCAUUACAACUGAUCACGUGUCAUUAUAACUGAUCACGUGUCAUUACAACUGAUCACGUGUCAUUGCAACUGAUCACGUGUCAUUACAACUGAUCACGUGUCAUUACAACUGAUCACGUGUCAUUGCAACUGAUCACGUGUCAUUACAACUGAUCACGUGUCAUUACAACUGAUCACGUGUCAUUAUAACUGAUAGUUUUUACAUGAAUAUAUAAAGCAUCAAGUGGGUUCUCAUGUGUGAUGUGGGCUCCUGGAAAGUGAUGAGAUGUAAAUUUUAAUGGUGUAGUCCAAUUUUAUGAAGACGGUUUUCCAGUUUCUAUUUAAAACCUAACGUGUACAUAAUAUUGGAUAUUUUUCACGAUUCUCCCAAACUCUGUAAGCUAGCUAACAGCACAUCACUUAUUCUACAUCGUUAUUUUAUCAAUACAAUAACGUUAAAUAGUCCCCUAGUGUGACAGUAUUGUGCAAUGAACUCCCUACAAAUUCUAAUUCUUUACAAUACCCACGUGUUUUAUACAAUGCUAUAUACUAGACAGGGUGUACACUGUACAAUAUAUUUCUAAUGGUAUAAUGAGAGGAGUUGAUGUAGUACUACACUACUACACUACUACACUACUACACUACUACACUACUACACUACUACACUACUACACUACUACACUACUACACUACUACACUACUACACUACUACACUACUACACUACUACACUACUACACUACUACACUACUACACUACUACACUACUACACUACUACACUACUACACUACUACACUACUACACUACAGUCUUAUAACCCUUUAAAACCUGAUCUCUUCACCUGCAACUCUGCAGACACCACCUGGUAUGUAACAUCACCUUAUUUGGGCAUCACGUGUGUAAGGAAUGUUUUAAUUAGCCGAGAGAGGUAACAGACUGUGUUCUAAGUAGCUGGAUCAUUAGACACGAUCAUGAGGUAAAGUGUGUAUGAAUAUGGAAUGAAUUAAUAUGAUGAGAAGAUGUAGUUACCAUGUGGCUCACUCAAUACACAUUAUGUUUUACAUAACAACAAGUUGUAACAUUAUACCUUAUAUUGCUUACAAUAGUUCAUGUAAAUGGAUGGAUCGUCCUUAGCUACAUUAAAUCACUCUUUAAUACUAAGUAAAAUACUAGGUAAUAAUGGGGAAUAUUACCAAGUAAACAUCAAGAGAAUCGUGAAAUCAACCAAAAUGUGCCUUUAACUAUAAUAGUCCAGCCUUCAGUUUCCAUUUUAUUAAUAUUAUUUAAGUAAAGAGUAACCAAUAUUUUUUGCAUUUGAGGUGCUUCUCAAAAACUCACUCGGAAAAGAAUAAUGAGUUUCAGAUAUUUAUUGUGUAAUGAUGAUCAUAAAAUUUUAAUAUAGGCGCCACAAAAUAUACAGUUAUAAAUCACGAAAUUUUAGUAAAUUCUUUGAAAUCUACUUUUAUUCUGUAUUUGAAUAGAUUUUUUAGACAUUUGUAUUUGAGUCGUGUUUUUUUUUUCGAUAUUUGUUUAUUCGGCCCAGUGAAUUCUCAAUUAUUGGAAAUUAAAAUGAUACAACGAUGCACUCUACUGCGAUGUUAUCUCGUUUUUAAAUGGAUCGUAUUUUAUUUAUCUGAAAAUUGUCCGUUCAUUUGUUACUGUUAAGUGAGCUAUGUGAUAUGAAUUAAUUAACUAUCGUCACUGCAAAGUUUAUCACUCUACAUUUUGCAAUGUCUUGUAUAUUUAGUAUUUCAAGUAAUACAUUUGAUAUAUUA